AUGCCGGCCAGCAGAACACCUACCGGCAAGACUCGAUUGCCUGUCGAUGGCCUUGGAGUGGUCGAAGGGCUCAAUUUCACCCAGGGUGUGCAUCAGUUCUGUGGCAUUCCUUACGCUUCCCUACCCAAACGUUGGACACGCUCCCAACUCAAGGACUCGUGGCCAAAUGACUUUCAUGACGGAACAAAGCUCGGGUGUAACGCACCCAAUCCUCCAGAGUACAACGGAAGCGACCCUCUUGUACCAGUUGAUAUCGCACCUCAUUUUGAGGAGCCGCCCGAGGACGAACUCAAUUGUCUUGUUAUGAACAUCACCACCCCGUCCAUGGACCCUGGCACGAAACUCCCUGUCAUGGUAUACAUCCACGGGGGCUCUUUGCUCUUUGGAGGUGCCAACAAGGGUGUUUUCGACAGCGUCAACUUUGUGACCCACGCCGUUGCUCGCAACACUCCCGUCGUCUCCGUCAACUUCAACUACCGCGUCGGCCUUGGAGGGUUCCUCGCUUCAUCCGCCAUCAAAACUGAUCUAGAGCGUGAUGGAUACCAAGGUUUCGGCAAUUUCGGCCUCUACGAUCAACAAGUUUUGCUCCACUGGGUGAACCGCUAUAUCGCCUCGUUCGGUGGCGAUCCAGACAACGUUACUAUUUACGGAGAGUCUGCUGGAGGCAUAAGUGUUUCUCAUCACAUUGUCGCCCGAGAUCCAGCUCCAUUCCACCGAGCCAUUGCCAUGUCAGGCCAUCUGAACACCAUCCCCACUUGGCCAUUGGGUCACCACGAGAAACAUUACCGGGCGCUACUUGAGUACUUGGGAAUUGAUCCAGACUCUCCUUCUUCACUUGAACAACUUCGAAGCGUUCCUGAGCAUGUAGUAGCCAAGGCGACGAUACCGGUAGAGGGACACUUGAAUGCUACCGGAAACCCAUGUGAUGACGGUGUUUUCCACGCGGCCAAACCGUCCUUCAACACCAUCGCUUCACCACCUGCAUGGCUCAAAUCAUACAUGGUUGGAGACACUGCUGAUGAAGGCAUGCUCUUUACUGAGGCCUUCUGUGAUGAAGACUUUGGCUCCAUCAGAAGUCAAAUGAUGGGCUGGCUUAGCACAGAAGCAACUGAUACUAUACUUGCGUUAUAUGGCGUUACACCCGGACUUGAGCAAGAAGAGCUCGCGAAGCGCAUGGAGGACAUGUCUGCUGACGCGAUAUUCAAGUCACACAACUGGGUCGCGGCUCAUCGUUCGAAAAUUCCGCAGACAUUUGGUUAUCAUUUUGACCAAGUGUGCACACACGAGGGCAUGUUCAAGGGACAGGCAUACCAUGCCUUGGAUCUCUUAUACUUGUUCCUGAACUUCGAUGAGCAUCUGACCGAAGGCCAACGGAAACUCGCAAGGAAUAUGGCCGAUCAUUUUAUCGACUUUGCUCACGGUAAAGACCCGUGGGCUCGCAUGAGUGAAGGUGCACGGUGGAUGCGGUACGGACCGGAUGAGACUUGCAAGACAGUCACUGAGACCAAAGAUGACAAGGUACGCAAGUACUCACGCAUGCAGAAGAUCAUGGACAUGGGUGUCUAUCAGGAAUUUACUCUGGCGGUUGAUUGGAUUGCGGGAGAGAGGGACAAGAUGGGUACGUUCCCACGGAAUCAUGAUGGAGCUGAGUGCAAGCCAAGAGAGAUGGAGGCUUUUACUACCCUGAAGGGCGAGACUGGAAGACAGGAGGCCAUUCCAGCUUAG